UGUUCACUGCUCUAAACGUGAGAAACAAAUUCCUAUUUUAAUUAAUAAAGGGAUAAUCCUGGGAACUAAUUCCCUUUUCCAACCUUCACAUUGUACACGACGCGUUGGCAGUACUCGAACAACGUUUACUCGUCAACGCUCUCAACGGUCUACUCGAUUCUUACACCUUCCUUUCUCUAUAUCGUGCUCACCGUCUUCGCGAGUUGUUGUCCUCAGAGACAUCCAAUAUUGACCGGAGUUGCUCCAAGUUGCACUCUGUAGGACCACCAAUUAAUAACAGCGGGCCAGCUUCUGGUCACUUGUUAAAUAAUAUUUCUAUGGCUUCAUCACCACAGGUCUCACUUUCUUUCUCCCCGUCCUCCUCUGUCAAUACUCCAAGGAAGCACCGUCCUACUCACUUACCACUACCGUCAUCAAACUUCAGCGCUGCCCCUGUACAGCGCCUUCAGGACAGCGUGCAGGCUCUUCAAAGGUCUGCAAGCUUGGGUUCAACAUCAGCAAGUCCACACAGUCGUUCCAUAUCUAAUGCCGCUAGUUUCAAGCCAACUUUUUCGGCUCGUGUCACCCGAGACUAUCCCUUGUCAUCUCCUCCGACUGUUACCACUUUUCAGCUACCUCAAGUCCCAAUUCCAAGUACAACCCAUGCAGGUGGCAUUCUACCCUCCUCAUCAUUCUUUCGCCCUUCCAGACCAGUCCAUUCUCGUCCCUCAUCAUCCAUAUCCUUGACCUCUAAUGAUAUCCUUCCUAAUGUCCAUUCGGUUCCUCCAGAUCAACACCCUUUAUCUAACUUGACUAGCCGUAUCUCUCACGAAUCUGACCUGAGGAGCUAUGGUGAUCCUGCUUCCAUAAGAGACACAAAUGGUCAACUAUCUAAGCGGCUAAAGCAAAGUCGUGAACCUCUACUUCCCCUCAACAACAAGCAUGUCGUUACAAGUGCUAGCGCUCCCGCGCGCACUUCCAUGCAUUUAGAUCCUUCCUACAAGAUAACUAGCACAAACCGAAUGCGAAACAGCUUCGAACGCGUGUUCCGCGGUCUCAGCUUCGAUAGCAUACGGAGAUCUAGUAGUAGCCUCGGUCAUACUUUGAGUCCCCGCUUAUCUUAUGCAGAAGAGCACCCACCUUUCCACUCUGUCGAUAACUUAUCACCCCCUCCACACCGAAUAAAAUCUUCUCCUUCCCCGCAACUCAUUCGCAUUGCUUCUAGCGACUCUCAAUCAUUCUCUCCAACUCCAAACAAUGUCUUUAUAUCAGUCCCUCCCGAUAAUCAUGCGCCACUCUCUGCGAUGCCCGUUGUUCCCAUGCAACGCGUAUACCAGCAACAUCCAUCACACAAUCGAUUCUUCUGCAACGGCCGGCUACUUACAGGUGGCGAUUCUCCUUGGGCUUUCAUUGCGUCUCUCACGCUCGUGCUUGGUCUAUCUGGCGUCUGGUUUGGAACAACCUGUGUAUGGUAUUGGCAUAAUGCAAGUCCCGCUGUCGCGGCGGUGGGAGCGUACAUGACCUUGUUGACUAUAUCCUGCAUGCUGACUACGGCCUGUCGUGAUCCUGGCAUCUUACCUCGUAAUUUAGACCCGGAUCCGCCUUUCCCUCCUACGUCGCCUUCAGAUGAUGCUGUCAGGCAACCUGUGCCUCGGUAUCUCAAGGUACGCGAUGAGAGUAAGCCGAUGUGUGAUGAACACACAUACUCAGUGUGCGCAGUCAAAUACUGCUCAACGUGCAAAACGUAUCGCCCACCUCGCUCUAGCCAUUGCAAAAUGUGCAAUAACUGUGUCGACGGGUGUGAUCAUCAUUGUCAGUGGGUGAACAACUGUGUUGGACGACGCAAUUACACUUUUUUCUUUGCGUUCCUGGUGUCUGCUGUAAGUACCCUAAACCUCCGCCCGAGCACAACAGUAAUAUUUCCUAGGUGUUGACGCUAUGCCUCGUAAUCUGCACAUCCGCCUUACACCUCUAUCUUCUUACUCGUCGAGAUGGUAUCAAAUUCAGUAGUGCGUUGAGAGAAGGCGCAGGUAGUGCUGUGGCAUUCUCGCUGGCUAUCACUGUGAUAUGGCCAGUCACAGCCCUCCUUGU